UGAGCUCCAUCUGCACGAGUCUCUCUCUCUGCAGCGAAUCUCCCAGUCUCUACAGACCACCUACUGUAGCGCUAAAACCUAAGUCAUCAUGUCCACCAGAGCUGUGAAGAGCACCAGCUACUCUUUGAGGUCCUCCUCUGCAGGCAUGGGGUCUCAAAACUUCAGCAGCAACUCCUUUUCCGAUGGCUAUGGCGGCAGAGCCAGACAACAGAGCUACAGCGUCCGCAGCUCUUAUGGGGGUGUUGGCAGCAGCGCCGGGGGUGUGGCAGCAGGUGGCUAUAGGGUAGUUGGGGGGUACAUGGCUGGAGGGACUGGGCAAAGAGGGGGCGUGAUGGAGUUUGGGUAUGCGGGCAUGGGUGUUGGCGGUGGUAUGGGAAUGGGGGGUGGUAUGGGUAUGGGUGGUGGUAUGGGGAUGGGGGGUGGGAAGAUGACAUGUACGGGACCCCCUCAGAUCACCGCUAUUCAGGUGAACAAGAGCCUGCUGGCCCCCUUGAACCUGGAGAUCGACCCCAACAUCCAGGUGGUCCGCACCCACGAGAAGGAGCAGAUCAAGACCCUCAACAACCGCUUCGUGUCCUUCAUCGAUAAGGUGCGUUUCCUGGAGCAGCAGAACAAGAUGCUGGAGACCAAGUGGAGCCUCCUGCAGGACCAGACCACCACCCGCUCCAACAUCGAUGCCAUGUUUGAGGCCUACAUCUCCAACCUGCGCAGACAGCUCGACGGUCUGGGCAACGAGAAGAUGAAGCUGGAAGGGGAGCUGAAGAACAUGCAGGGUCUGGUUGAGGACUUCAAGAACAAGUAUGAGGAUGAGAUCAACAAGCGUACCGAGUCUGAAAACAACUUUGUUCUCCUCAAGAAGGAUGCAGAUGCUGCCUACAUUGUCAAGACGGAGCUGGAGGCCAAGCUGGACUGUCUUACUGAUGAGAUUGAAUUCCUCAGGACUAUCUAUGACGCGGAGCUGCGUGAGCUGCAGGGCCAGAUCAAGGACACCUCAGUUGUGGUGGAGAUGGACAACAGCCGUAACCUGGACAUGGACUCCAUCGUGGCUGAAGUGCGUGCUCAGUACGAGGACAUCGCCAACCGCAGCAGAGCUGAGGCAGAGACCUGGUACACGCAGAAAUAUGAACAGAUGCAGGUGUCAGCCACCAACUAUGAGGACAACCUGAAAAACACCAAGGCAGAGAUCGUAGAUAUGAACCGAAAAAUCAUGAGAUAUCAGUCUGAAAUUGACAUGAUGAAGGGUCAGCGCGGCCACCUGGAGAACCAGAUCGCUGAGGCGGAGGAGCGUGGUGAGCUGGCGGUGAAGGACGCCAGGCUUCGCAUUAACGACCUCGAGGUGGCCCUGCAGAGAGCCAAGCAGGAUAUGACCAUGCAAGUACGCCAGUACCAGGAGCUGUUGAAUGUCAAACUGGCCCUGGAUAUUGAGAUCGCCACUUACAGGAAGCUGCUGGAAGGAGAGGAGAGCAGGCUGGUGAAUGGAAUCAAGUCAGUCAACAUCUCCAAACAGUCUUCUUCAAUGAACUACAACUCUUACCCCUUGGAAAGCAGUCGCACCACCAGCUAUGUCAGCGGCUCAAUGGGGGGAUACAAGGGCAGCAGGACCAGCUACGGCAGCAGCACUUACGUCAGUGGCCAUGAGAGCAGCCAUAUAGGCAGCAGCUUCGACCUGCCUGGCAGCAUCACCCUGGGAGGCACCAACGGUAUCCAGGUCUCUACCAGCAGAGACGUGGAUGCCAGUAUCAGCCUGGGAGGCAGCAACAGCCUGGCUACUAGCAGAGACAUGGAUGCCAGCGUCAGUGUCAAUAGCAGUUCCACUGUCACCAACAACAAAUCCCAGACCACCUUCGUCAAGACCGUUGAUGCCGAGGUGACCUCGAAUGUGGCUUCUGAUGCGGCGUCCAACCAUGUCGAGGAACAGGCGGCUGAGAGCAACAAAUGAGGAGAUUGCGUCAUCACGGGCGAUUAGCUUACUGUGGACCUAUGCCUCCAACCUACCGUUCACCCUUCCAGUAGUUUCACUUUUCUAGCCAGGUUAUUACUGUAUUUACCUGCUGAACAGAAUAUUGACAUAUCAAACAGGCUACACAUAUCCACCUGGAAUCACAGGCAGUCUAACUGUAUCCUCAGUCUAACUGUAACUUUUCCUACCCACAAAGGGUUUGUUUUAAAUUGGUAAAUGUGAAAGGUUGGGGGUAAGAUUUUCCUAAAAGGCCCCUGAAAGUCGACCCCUAGUGUCCAUUCGAGUCACCAGCAGGUGUCAUUGUGGCACAUGUUUUUCUCUCUGCUCGUUCUGAGACCCAUUAAAGUACUUGGAGAAAAAAACAA